AUGGAUACUGGUUUGAAGAAGUUAUGGACUCGCAGGAAGACCAAAGGGAACAGCAGCAGAAAGGACUCGGGAGUAAGCAGUUUGAGAAAGAGCCAGAGCACCGAGUACACACAGCACUCGAGCAAUACAAGUCCACCGACCAUUCACAUCCGUAACAUAUCGACAGACUACGAAAAGUCUCCACUUAGUCCGGCUGUCAGUAACAGACUUCAUCCGGCACUUGGUGGCGCUGCCGUCUCAAGACCAUCAACCUCCUGGUCAGGACUAGCCACGGAUGGGAGCGGUAGCCUGCUGAGUGCUGUCAAUCGAGCAGCAGAUGCCGUUGCGAAGACCGAACAAGGCUGGCAAUAUCUCGGAGAGCGAAACACUCGAAACUAUGUCCAGCCCAAAAUUCCACGCUAUGUCGACAUUUUCUCCCUCUCCAGCUCGAAUAGCCCCAGUCCAAGACCUGGUUACAAUGAGGAUGUGGCUGAGAGGAACUUGGACUUGGCGCGCGUCGCACUUGAAGGCGCUCACUCGACCUAUGUGCCUUCUUCGAAGUAUCAAGAGGAAGUUGCUACCAGAAAUGCACAACCCAGUCUGCCUGGCAGUCCUGCCACGUCCACCUCUGUGCGUCGUCAAGUAGCCAGCGCUUCAAGCAACUAUCCGCGAUCGCCCCCAAGAUUUGAGGGCUAUUCUUCCUCCAGGCAAAGUAACCACACCCAUAACUCGCCUAGACUGCACUCCCGACAAGACAGUGACGGGUCUAGAAUAUCCCAACAACGAGCCCGUGACAUCCAGGCCCUCAAAGAGGGCGUCUCAAGGUUGCCACACGCGCAAGCACCAAUAGCACCUGUAGGCAGCACCCAAGGUCACAAAUCGGCUUCUACUUCGCCCGAAGCCCCAGCAGGAUAUCCUGGAAAACAGCCAGUUGACCCCGAUCCACACGAAGAUCCAGCUAGUGCCUUGAGCAGCUAUCAGCUGUCAGUGCCAGAAGUGACGCAACUGAAGGCGGCAGACGACUCUUAUUCUCGAAGCCACGAGCACUCCAUGCGCCCUCCAUCAAACAAGAGCAAUCGAGCCAUCAAUUUACCUUACCGCACGAUCCUGGAUUUGACUGCCGAUGCCCCCGAAGCCGUCUCUGAAAGUUAUCCUCCAUCGAACUAUAGCUCAAGUCCAGUCCUAGAACAUGCAAGGGUUGACACGAUGCGCAGGGUACAGGGACCUGUCAUCCCCGGCUCAUCCACGGAGACGCCGCAGGCCCAAUCAAAUUCCGUUCAGCCAGCCACCUCGCCAUCAGCAAAUGCAGAAGCACCAGCUUCCGAAGAGGUUGCACAACCCCGUGCUCCGUCACCAGCACCUGCCUCAGAGCCGCCAAGGCCACGGCAAACACCAGCCAAUACUCAUUUUGCAAGUAGCUUCACUCGCAUCAUCACUAUUGCCUCUGCAUCCCCGCGUGCAAGUGUAGUAAUGGCGGAGCCAGCAGAUUCCGAAGUUGCGGAGGACGCCAAUGCCAACCCGGAGACAGGGGUGUCUCAGAAGCAGGAGGAAGUGAGACUCGCGUCUGAUCCUUUGCCAUCACGGCAUGAUGGGCUUCCAGAGGUACAGAGUCGCGUCACGGAGACAGCAGUAGCGUCUCCGAAAGGGGCUGUUUCCACCACGAGCACCACCGCCUCGGAUAGCAACGAGGUGAGGUCCAAAGAAGGGGAAGCAAUGAUUGACCAGAAGGAGGAUCUGAGACACAAACCCGACCCGACACCAGUGGUCGGACCAUACUUACACCUCUCUUCGAAGAAUCCGGAGCCACCUGCGACCCCAAGUAGUGGAUCUGGAGUGAGCGCGAGGGACUUUGCCAAUGCUGCCACCAAACCAGCGCUGACCAGUGUCCCUGAGGUCGCAGAAGUGGACGACAAUAAGGACACCUUGUCUCCGCCACUUGACGCAGAAACUCUUCCGAGAAAAUACGCUUCUCGAGAUGGCGAUGCAAACGGUCACACUUAUGGAUCCCCCACGUCUGAUUCGACAUUCAACGAAUCGGAGUUUGCCCAGAAGCAAGCGGAAGCGCGUGAAGCUUUGAUCCGCCUCCAGCUCAGCUUGAAUGAGAAUUUUCUCACCAAGCCUCUUCCGACGUCUGUCGCGCGGACGACUAAAUCAAGUCCUCAGAAGCACAAAUAUUCCUUUAGCGACGGAAAGCCUGCCGCACCAUCUUCCAUCUUCUCGCAAUUUAGAGAGAGAUCGCCUACUCCGGUAGACAGGCCAACCGAGCCCGACCAUCCAGUCGGCACAGAACGUGCCGACUCAUCUUAUCAUCACUUGACCACUAUGUCGCGCGAGCAUAGCAAUGCAAGACCACGGGAGGAGCCCGUGAAGCUCUCUAUGAAUAAGGCAGCGAAGAAGAAGCGUGAAAAGGUUAGACACGGACCGGAGCCGGACCUCAAUGGGCCGGGACCGUCCAUUGUAAACGAUGCGCCGAAGCAGCAUGUACCUUUACCGCCUCCGCUGAGUCUCACCGAUCAGUCUUUGCACCCGCGCUUCCACCAACCGCAGCCUGUCGUGCCACCAAGCCCCGGGGAGGUGUCCCUGUCCAAUUUUCCACUACCGGUUUCAUCGCCUAGGCAGUCGGUGCAAAGGUCAUCUAUGGCCAGUCCAACCGACAAGGAACGAGCUAUUCCACGCCCUGCUUCACAGAAUGCCCUUCAACAUCCGCUUCCCAGUAGCAACCCCGGGAUGAAAGAACGGAUACUGCGUCGACAAUCCAGCAUCAAAAGCCAGUCGAGCAGUACCUCGCAAUUCAGCAUCCCUUACCACAUGAUCCCGGAUCGAUCGAGUAGCGUUCGUGAUCGAUCUGUGAUGGAGGAUGACGACGAGUGA